AUGUUCGCCGUGCUCUUCGUCGAGGGCGGCAUCUGGGUCCUCUGGCUGCUGCUCAACUGCAUAGACCUGGUGCUCGUCGCGCUCAGCAAGAUCCUGCCGAAAUCACCGCCCCCGGGCAAGAACCUGCCGCGCGUCGUCGUCGUCGGCGCGUCCUUCGCGGGCCUCGGCGUCGUGCACGAGCUCGGCCAUCACAUUGACGAGGUCGACGUGACGCUCGUGGACCGCAAGGACUUCUUCGAGUACGUGCCCGGCGCGUUGCGGUGCCUCGUGGAGCCGGCGCACCUCCGGCGCCUGAGCUGCCCGCUCGCGCCCGCGGGCGCGGCCUUCGUCCGCGGCGAGGUCGUCGCCGUCGCCCACGGCGACGGCGAGGCCGGCGAGCGCACCGUGCGGCUCAAGGGCGGCAAGGGCCUCGACUACGAUUUGCUGGUGCUGUGCUCCGGGUCGAGCUACGCGGCGCCGAUCCGCGGCGUCGAGACGACGCUCGACGAGCGCCGGCGCAACCUCGAGGCCGCGGCGGCGACGCUCAAGGCGGCGAAGACCGUGGUCAUCAUGGGCGCGGGCGCCGUCGGCGUCGAGCUCGCGGGCGAGAUCCUGACGGUCUACCCCGAGGGCAAGCGCGUGCUGCUCGUGGACAUGGCGACGACGAUCCUCCCGGGCUUCCACGCGCGGAGCGUCGGCUACUGCAAGCGCUGGCUCGAGGCCCGGGGCGCCGAGCUGCUGUUGGGCGCGCCCCUGCGCCACGUCGCGGAAAAAUCGAUCACGCUCCACGACGGCACCGAAGUACCGUGCGACGCGCUCUACAAGUGCACGGGCGCGCGGCCCAACGGCGACUUCCUCGCGGGCUCGGCCCUGGGCGACGCCUGCGCGGGGCCCCGGGGCGCCGUCGUCGUCGACGACUCGCUCCGGUGCGCGCCGGACGUCUUCGCCGCGGGCGAUCUCUGCUACCACGCGGGCUCCGCGGAGCUCAAGCUCGGCCACACGGCGGAGGUCAACGCCCACUGCGUCGCCACGAACGUGCUCCGCCUCGCCCGCGCCAAGGCCGCGCAGGUCGCGCCGCCGCCGCUCGCGAGCUACCCGCGCGACGUCGUCGGCAACAGCGCGACGCCGAAGAUCUUCAACCUGUCCCUGGGCAAGUACGACGCGACGCUGGGCUUCAACGAUUUGGUCAUCCACGGGCCCCUGGCGGCCCUCGUCAAGUGGCUCCUCGAGUGGACCAAGGUCGCGGCCGCCGCGGACCGGCCCGUCGGCGUCGCCUUCUGGGCCUUCGCGGACUUCGCGUCGAACCUCCUCGGCCGCACGCUCCUGCCGACCGUGCCGCCGCCGGCCCGCGGCAAGCGCACGCGUCAUCGCCGAGUACUUCCCCUUUCUCGUGUCCCGUACUUCUUCACCUACCUCGCCGCCGCGGUCGAGAUCGUGGGCAGCUUCUGCCUCGCCGUCGGGAUCUUCGCGCGGCCUGCGUCGCUUUUGUUGGCCGGCACGAUGAUGAACGCGCUGGCCUUCCACCUCAUGAAGUUCGGCCCGCAGCGGUUUCCUCUGAAUCCGGAGAGCCGCGGCGCCUACACCUACGAGCCCUGCCUCGCGUUCCUCGGCGUGACCCUGUACUUCGCGUUCGCGGGGCCGGGCAAGUUCGCGAUGCGGCCCCACGGCGGCAGCGUCACGCCGGUCGCGCCGGUCACGCCCGUCACGCCGGCCGUCGCGUCCACGGCGACUCGCGUCGGGUCCAUUGUCGCGCGCAUACAAAACGCCCUCGACGAGGCCUGCGCCACGGAGGCCGCCUCCGCCGGCGCCGCGCCGGCGCCGUUGGCCGUCGGCGCCCUGGCGACGGCGUGCGGCCGGCGCGAGCUCGCGGCGCGCCUGCGCGCGAAGCACUACGCCGUCCUGCGGCUGCCCGGCUUCGACGGCGGGCGGCUCCGGAGCGCCGCCGGGGCGUUGCUCGACGACGACGCCGCGCUGCUCCGCGUCGGCGGCGCGGCGCCCGUGGCGCCGGACCGGCCGGCGGAGUUCGUCGGCGUCUUCGGCGGCGACGGGCCCGGCCGCUUCGCCGAGGGCCGCUACGGCGGCGACGGCCGCGCGCGGCCGCCGGGCCUCGCGGCGGAGGCGGGCCCCGCGCUCGACGAGUCGCGGCGCGUGCUCGGCGCGCUGGGCGCGCUCCUCGCACGCGCCCUGCUCCCCGACGCGGAGGCGCGCGUGGCCGACGACGUGAGCGCCGACGGCGGGCGGCGCGAGGUGUCGACGACGGCGCACCGCCUCUGCCGCUACGCGCCGUCAUCGAAGGCCGUCGUCUUCGGCGCGCACACGGACACGUCGUUCUUCACGCUCGUGCCCCUGAGCUCCCCGCCGGGUUUGGAGGUCUUCGACCCGUCGCUGGACGCCUGGGUCCGCCCCGAGGCGGCCGAAGGCGCGGAGGCGACGGACGUGCUGUGCAUGCCCGGCGAAUUCCUGGAGCUCGCGUCCGCGGGUGCCUUCCGGGCCGUCGUCCACCGCGUCCUCGGCGGGCCGACGAAGCGCGUGUCGACGCCGCUCCUCGUCCGCGGCGACCGGCGCUUCGCGCUGGGCGGAGUGAACGCGCACGACUGCUGGCGCGCGCUGCAGGAGCGCGAGCCCGACCGGGCGGCGGAGGCGAUCCGCGGAGCCCCGGCCCACGUCGACGGCGCGUCCUACGUCGCGCCGCACCGCACGCGGGCCGAGGCGGAGACGUUCUACUCGCUCGCGCUCGGCGGCGCCGCGGAGGUCCUCAGCGCGGACCCCCUCGUCGUCCUGCUCCCGGGCUUCGCGUCCGACGCGGACUGCGCCGCCGUGCUCGCGGCGGCGUCGAGGACCGCGUGGCUCGACGACGCCGCGGCGCCCGGCGACCUCGCGCUCCGCGCCGCGGCCGUCGCCGAGCUGCCCCCGGCCCACGCGGAGCGCUGGCGCGUCGCGGCCUACGGCCCGGGCGACGAGCCGCGCGCGGACGCCGCCGGCGGCCGCUUCGCCACGCUCGCGCUCUACCUCGACGACGGCUUCGCCGGCGGCGCGACGGCCUUCCCGGACCUGGGCCUGACCGUGGCGCCGAAGCGGGGCGACGCGAUCUUCGUCCGCGACGCGCGGACGCCGCUCCUCCGCGCCGACCGGUUCGCCGUGGCCGCGCACGCGGCGGCCCGCCGCGAGGAGCUGCCCGUGGAGGCCGGCGUCAAGCACGUCUUGAUGGGGAUCUCGCUCAUCGGCCGCGCGGACGCGCGGGCGACGGCGACGUGGCGCAGCGGGCGGGCGACGCGCAUCAUGAUUGUUUUACGACGCGACUUUGGGCUUCACGACCUCGUCAUCCACGGGCCCCUGGCGGCCCUCGUCAAGUGGCUCCUCGAGUGGACCAAGGUCGCGGCCGCCGCGGACCGGCCCGUCGGCGUCGCCUUCUGGGCCUUCGCGGACUUCGCGUCGAACCUCCUCGGCCGCACGCUCCUGCCCACCACCCGGACGCGCCCUCCAGGCGUCAUCGCCGAGUACUUCCCCUUUCUCGUGUUCCCGUACUUCUUCACCUACCUCGCCGCCGCGGUCGAGAUCGUGGGCAGCUUCUGCCUCGCCGUCGGGAUCUUCGCGCGGCCUGCGUCGCUUUUGUUGGCCGGCACGAUGAUGAACGCGCUGGCCUUCCACCUCAUGAAGUUCGGCCCGCAGCGGUUUCCUCUGAAUCCGGAGAGCCGCGGCGCCUACACCUACGAGCCCUGCCUCGCGUUCCUCGGCGUGACCCUGUACUUCGCGUUCGCGGGGCCGGGCAAGUUCGCGAUGCGGCCCCACGGCGGCAGCGUCACGCCGGUCGCGCCGGCCGCACCAGUCACGCCGGCCGUCGCGUCCACGGCGACGCGUGUCGCCGGCAUCGUCGCGCGCAUACAAAACGCCCUCGACGAGGCCUGCGCCACGGAGGCCGCCUCCGCCGCCGCCGCGCCGGCGCCGUUGGCCGUCGGCGCCCUGGCGACGGGUGGCGGCCGGCGCGAGCUCGCGGCGCGCCUGCGCGCGAAGCACUACGCCGUCCUGCGGCUGCCCGGCUUCGACGGCGGGCGGCUCCGGAGCGCCGCGGGGGCGUUGCUCGACGACGACGCCGCGCUGCUCCGCGUCGGCGGCGCGGCGCCCGUGGCGCCGGACCGGCCGGCGGAGUUCGUCGGCGUCUUCGGCGGCGACGGGCCCGGCCGCUUCGCCGAGGGCCGCUACGGCGGCGACGGCCGCGCGCGGCCGCCGGGCCUCGCGGCGGAGGCGGGCCCCGCGCUCGACGAGUCGCGGCGCGUGCUCGGCGCGCUGGGCGCGCUCCUCGCACGCGCCCUGCUCCCCGACGCGGAGGCGCGCGUGGCCGACGACGUGAGCGCCGACGGCGGGCGGCGCGAGGUGUCGACGACGGCGCACCGCCUCUGCCGCUACGCGCCGUCGUCGAAGGCCGUGGUCUUCGGCGCGCACACGGACACGUCAUUCUUCACGCUCGUGCCCUUGAGCUCCCCGCCGGGUUUGGAGGUCUUCGACCCGUCGCUGGACGCCUGGGUCCGCCCCGAAGCGGCCGAAGGCGCGGAAGCGACGGACGUGCUGUGCAUGCCCGGCGAAUUCCUGGAGCUCGCGUCCGCGGGUGCCUUCCGGGCCGUCGUCCACCGCGUCCUCGGCGGGCCGACGAAGCGCGUGUCGACGCCGCUCCUCGUCCGCGGCGACCGGCGCUUCGCGCUGGGCGGAGUGAACGCGCACGACUGCUGGCGCGCGCUGCAGGAGAGCGAGCCCGACCGGGCGGCGGAGGCGAUCCGCCGCGCCCCGGCCCACGUCGACGGCGCGUCCUACGUCGCGCCGCACCGCACGCGGGCCGAGGCGGAGACGUUCUACUCGCUCGCGCUCGGGCGCGCCGCGGAGGUCCUCAGCGCGGACCCCCUCGUCGUCCUGCUCCCGGCCUUCGCGUCCCACGCGGACUGCGCCGCCGCGCUCGCGGCGGCGUCGAGGACCGCGUGGCUCGACGACGCCGCGGCGCCCGGCGACCUCGCGCUCCGCGCCGCGGCCGUCGCCGAGCUGCCCCCGGCCCACGCGGAGCGCUGGCGCGUCGAUACCUACGGCCCGGGCGACGAGCCGCGCGCGGACGCCGCCGGCGGCCGCUUCGCCACGCUCGCGCUCUACCUCGACGACGGCUUCGCCGGCGGCGCGACGGCCUUCCCGGACCUUGGCCUGACCGUGGCGCCGAAGCGCGGCGACGCGAUCUUCUUCCGCGACGCGCGGACGCCGCUCCUCCGCGCCGACCGGCUCGCCGUGGCCGCGCACGCGGCGGCCCGCCGCGAGGAGCUGCCCGUGGAGGCCGGCGUCAAGCACGUCCUCACGCGCGGGUUCCGCGCCGCCCCGUUCCCCGACGGGGCGCCCUCUAACGACGGCGAUUAG